AUGGCGCCGGGCUCCCAGGGGUGGCGGCCCAUGACGCCACCGCGCGUCCGCUGCGCCAGGCAGGAGGGGGACUCCCCGAAGAACGUGGUCAGGCGCCCGACGCUCAACAGGGAGAAGCUGACCGCGUGCGCGCUGGUCGCCAAGAACCUUUGGCGGCGCACGCGUCCCUGCCGGCCGAGCCCUCGACGCCGGGGCGCGGCGGCGGCGCAGGCACGCCGCCCUGCUCGCCGCUGGUCGCCAGGAGCCCUCUGCUGGGCAGCGGCGUGA